AUGGACCUUUGUUUCUUUGCCUUUCUCCUUUUCUCUCUUGCACUCUUCACAGUCUCUUCCUCCGCCUCCGACGCAGCCGAUGACACCGCCACCCUCUCCCUCUUCCGCUCUCAAACUGACCUCCACGGUACCCUCCUCCCCAACUGGACCACCACCGCCAACACCACUACCGCAUGCACAGCCAAUUGGGUAGGAGUAGAGUGCACCAAAAACCGUGUCACCUCCCUCUCCCUCCCCUCCCUCAACCUCCGCGGCCCCAUUGAUUCCCUCUCCGCCUUGGACCAGCUGCGCCUCCUCAACCUCCCCGACAACCGCCUCAACGGAACACUCACUCCUAUCACACAAUGCCUCAACCUCAGGCUCAUCUAUUUAUCUGGCAAUGACUUCUCCGGCAAGAUUCCGGCAGAAUUUUCCUCUCUACACCACCUCCGCCGUCUUGAUCUCUCCAAUAAUAAUCUCAGAGGCUCCAUUCCCCCUGAAAUCUCUAAACUUUCUCGUUUGCUCACUCUCCACCUCCAAAACAAUGAACUUUCGGGGACAAUUCCGAAUUUCUUUGAAUCCCUUCCACAACUCAAAGAAUUGAACCUGUCGAACAACGAGCUCUAUGGAGUGGUACGGAAGAGCUUAAUAUCGCGCUAUGGCGAGGAUAGUUUUUCCGGCAAUGAAGGGUUAUGCGGGACUAAUCCUUCCCCCCAGUGUUCAUACACCAAUGCUGAACCGCCUGCGCAAACAGUACCAUCACAUCCCAGUUCUCUGCCUUCAUCAACUUCUACAGUGGAAGAAACUAAUAAGCAUCAUAAAAAACUCAGCAACGGAACAGUAGCAGCAAUUAUAAUUGUAAAUUCAGUGCUGGUUUUGGUGAUUGCAUCAUUCGCUGUUGCAUACUAUUGUGGGAAGUAUUCGAGGGAUGAAAAUUCCAUGGCAGGGAGUGAAAAUGGAAAGUGGAGAAACAGCUAUUCAAGUGAAAAGAGAGUGCAUGCCAACAAUGGAGGUGGAGGUGGAGACAGCGAUGGAACUAAUGUGACUGACCGGAGUAAGCUCGUGUUUUUCGACCGCAAAAAGCAGUUCGAGUUGGAGGAUUUGCUCCGUGCAUCAGCAGAGAUGCUCGGAAAAGGGAGUUUGGGGACAGUUUACAAGGCUGUGCUUGAUGAUGGGUGCACUGUGGCUGUAAAGAGGCUGAAGGAUGCAAAUCCUUGUGCUAGAAAGGAGUUUGAGCAGUAUAUGGAUGUAAUUGGGAAGCUAAAGCAUCCUAAUAUAGUGAGAUUCAGAGCUUACUAUUACGCAAGGGAAGAAAAAUUGCUUGUUUAUGAUUAUCUCCCAAAUGGCAGCUUGCAUUCACUUCUUCAUGGGAACAGAGGACCAGGGAGAGUUCCACUUGAUUGGACUACAAGGAUCAGUUUGAUAUUGGGGGCUGCUAGAGGGCUUGCUAAAAUCCAUGAAGAAUAUGCCGAUUCAAGAAUUCCACAUGGAAAUGUGAAAUCAUCAAAUAUACUGCUUGACAGAAAUGGUAUUGCUUGCAUUUCUGAUUUUGGAUUGUCCCUUCUUUUGAACCCUGUUCAUGCCAUAGCUAGAUUGGGAGGGUACAAAGCACCAGAACAGGCAGAAAUCAAGAGGCUUUCACAAAUGGCUGAUAUUUAUAGCUUUGGGGUGUUAUUGUUGGAAGUUCUUACUGGCAAAGCUCCAUCACAUUACCCAUCACCGAGUCGUCCUAGAAUUGACGAGGAAGAGCAGCCGGUGGAUUUGCCGAAGUGGGUUCGAUCUGUGGUGAGAGACGAGUGGACGGCCGAAGUUUUUGAUCAAGAAUUGUUAAGGUACAAGAACAUUGAGGAGGAACUGGUGUCAAUGCUGCAUAUAGCAAUGGUUUGUGUAGUGCCACAGCCUGAGAAGAGGCCAACAAUGGGCGAAGUAGUUAAAAUGAUAGAGGAAAUAAGGGUGGAGCAAUCUCCGUUGGGAGAAGAAUAUGAUGAAUCCCGAAAUUCCCUCUCGCCUUCACUUGCCACAACUGAUCAAGAUGCAUUGCCCUAA